AUGAUGUCACACCACAGUGGUUCUCCCCACCUCAUUCUCCUCACUUUCUCUUCUGCUCUUUGUCCCCAAACAGCAAAUGUCAUCCUGGAUCCAAUGACAGCACAUCCUGAUCUCUUUCUGUCUGAAGAUCACAAAAGUGUGAGAUAUAAAGGCGGAUGGCAAGGUUUCCCUGACAAUCCUGAGAGAUUUGACAGACGACUUUAUGUGCUGGGACAUGAGGGUUUCACCGCAGGCAGGCAUUUCUGGGAAGUCACUGUGGAAAAUGAGAGAGAUUGGGGUCUGGGGGUGGCCAGGAAGUCCAUACGGAGGAAAGGCCCUGUUAAAUGUAGAACUGAAGAAGGGAUCUGGGCUUUCAGGUGCUGUGCAGGUGGCUACAGGGCCUCCAACCUUUCUGUUGAAACUCCUCUUCCUUUGAGUGAGAAGUUCAGGAGGAUCCGGGUGUCCCUGAACUAUGAAGGGGGACGGGUGGCUUUUUAUGAUGCCGACACAGGAUCCCAUCUCCACACCUACUCUGGUGCCUCUUUCUCUGGGGAGACCCUCCUCCCCUUCUUUCAUGUAGCUGGAAGAGGCCUCAUCACAAUCUCCCCUUAAUGACUACUUGGGUCAAGAGCGUCUCCUUCUCCUUUUUCUAAAACUCCCGCCAAGAGAUGCUCCUGGCCACCUUCCUCCCCAAAAAGCAAACUCAGUCAAUAUUGGGGGGGGGGAUGCUUUUUCUUCCUCCCUUUCCAGGAGUCCUUUCCUUCCUCUGCCAGUCAGUUCUUGAAGAGACAGUAGCCCUUUUCCCUACAUAUCAGAAAUCUCCCCUCUGCCUUUUCAAAAGAUACCACACCAGGAACUCUCAUUUUUUUGUUUCGGUUUUCUCUCUUCUUUGGCCACAACUUCCCAUGCCCUGUUAAGAUAAACUCUCCCCAACCCUUGGAGGGAGAAAGGAUAUGUUCUUUUUCUCAAGAGCCCCAAGGAGGAGGAAAUUAUUGUAACUGGUUGUAGGAUGUGCCUUUCCAGCCCAGAUCUUGUGAGUUUAAUUCAUGUGGUAUUUCCAUCACACAAAUAUGUUGCGUGUUUUAUCAUGAGCGUGGGAUGAUGUGGGUGUGAAUGGGCUCGCAUGGACCAGGAACAAAAGAAUGCUAUGGCAGUGGAUGGAGAAGCAUCCCUUAAAUAGGGAUCUUUGCUCAAGUUGUGUGAGGGAAAGUUAUAACGUUGUCUUCUACUAUGCAGAAAAUACCAUUGUCUAUUUGUCUCUUUUGCUCCUGGAAAGUAUAAAGGUUUGAUUUUGUCUAGUUCUUGCGAAAUGGUGAAUCCUUCAUAUAAUAUUGAUUUCUUAUAUAAAUGAUAAGGGCUUGAUUUGACUUUAGUUUCCCAGGAGAAAGGAAGGAGAAAACUGACAUCAAAGGGAUCCAUGAAAUGCCAGGAGGCAGCCCUGGUGGCUCAUUCUUGAUGAUAUGUCAAUCUGGCCCAAGGACAGUGUAAGGAAGUGAACUGGCGGCAAUAGGCUGGGGAGACCAUAUUGGUACCUUCGGAUCCCCAGCUCCCACUCCUGUUCCUGAAUCCACACCCAAAAUAUCUUUGAUGCACAAAGAA